AUGUCGGCGUCGUGCUCUGAAAUGGACUGUGAUGAUAUCUCGGGUACUAAUGAAUAUGACUUUACGAGUUCCGAUGAAUCCGAAAGCAGCUCAGAAUACAGCGAAGAUAGUGUUGAAAGUGAGGAUGACGUACUGGAGGAAGAGAUUGAAGUUGAAAGUGAACACGAGGAUUUUAGUUUUGAUAUGCCUUGGACCGAAAAUGGAAUUCCCCGACCACCUUUUCCAUUUACAGCGACCAGUGGCGUACAGGUAGAUGAUAUUCCUGAUGUGCUGGACGUUUUUGAGUCUUUUUUCGAUGAUGCACUAAUAGAACUGAUUGUAGAAGAGACAAAUAGGUUUGCUGUUCAAUUCAUUAUAAACAAUCACGGAAAAUUAAAAGAACAGUCCCGGGUAAGAAAAUGGACACAAACAAAUAAAAAUGAAAUUAGAACACUUCUAGGACUACUAAUUUUACAAGGUAUAAACCCUAAGCCAGAGUAUAAAAUGUAUUUUUCCCGGAGACAUAGCAUUGAAACGCCAUUUUUUCCAAAAGUUAUGAGCGAAAGAAGAUUCCACUUACUGAUCAAAUUUUUACACUUUGUUGAUAACUCAACAAUAAAUGAAAAUACAAAAUGUCGAAAGCUUGCUAAAAUUCUGCCAGUUUUAAAUCAUUUGAGGGGAAAAUUUAUGUCCACUUAUUUACCGGAAAGAGACGUUUCAAUAGAUGAAUCUUUGAUAGGUUGGAAAGGCAGGCUAAGUUGGAAGCAAUAUAUUCCAUCAAAACGGAAGAGAUUUGGAAUGAAAAUGUUUGCAUUAUGUGAAAGUUCUUCAGGAUAUAUGUUCAAUUUUAUAAUAUACACUGGCUGUGACACUGACUAUGGAGAAAAGUAUUCUAAUGAACCAGUAACUGCUAGGAUAGUCCUCUCACUAAUGGAUCCCCUACUAGGAAAAGGUUAUCGACUCUUUUUGGAUAAUUUCUAUACAAGCGUCGACCUGGCUGAUAAAUUAGUAAAAAAUAGAACCGAUUGUGUAGGGACAAUGAGAUUAAAUAGAAAAGGCGUGCCCACUGACAUAAAAAAGAAACUUUCUAAGGGUGAGAAUGUUGCUCGUUAUAGAAAAAAAAUUAUGGUUCAAAAAUGGCGAGAUAAGAAAGACGUCCUAAUGCUCAGCACAAUACAUGACGGAAGCAUGGGAACUAUUCAAAAAAGGACCGGCGAUGUUGAAAAACCUCUAUGUAUUCUGGAGUACAACAGUAAAAUGGGCGGAGUAGAUCUAACUGAUAACUACUUGCAUUUUUAUGGAACUACCAGAAGCAGAGUGAAAAAAUUCUAUAUGAAGAUAUUUUGGCAUUUUUUGAGUGUGACGACUCUGAAUUCCUACCACAUUUACAAAAAAUCUGGAGGAAAGCUAAAAAGGCUAAAUUUCCUGAUAGAACUUGGUGAAAAACUAGUAGAAAAAUAUAAUCAAUCAAAUUCAAGACAAAGGAGAAGAUCCAAAACUCCAUUACCAACAAGAUACAGUGAACGCCACUUUCCUUCAGUGAUUCCACCCACUACAAAGCAGAAACCAACAAAAAGGUGUCAGAUGUAGAAUGUAAUAAUAAUAAGAGCAUAUCAAAUGUCAUAGAAGAAUGAUUUCCCUUCAGUUACCAUGAAAGAUACUUUUGUUAGGUUUUUUUAUAAAUUCUAUGUGCAUGUAUUUUUAAACGUAAAUAUACGCUUUCUUAAAAUAGUUUGUAUUAUCAAUGGCCACAACGUAUAUAUACGCAUCCUUGAUCAUGUAAUGGAUAUGACGGAUAUGUUCGCAUGUGGUAAAGAAGCUGGCCAUCUGGGGUGCGACUCUGAGAUUUCAUUCUGGCCACUUAAGAGGUUAAGGUU